AGGGAGGUGAAAACUAUACUUAAUUGCACUUGUAGAUCGAUUAUUUGCACCGAUAGAGUCCGCCUACGCGUAUUUAGGUCAUAUAAGGAUGUUAUGGCCUGACUAUCUGAUAAUUCUUGGGCAAGAAGCUCCGCUACUCAACCGGAUAUCCCCUUGCACGUCUCAGUUCAAGUAUGCAGACGCUUCUACUUUUUGCGCUUCUAAAUUCCAUCUCGUCUUCAGGCGCGACAAGAAAUGCGGUUUGCAGUACUGCAAAGAAUGGUCGAGUGUCAAAAAUUACUAAAAAUGCUGGAGAAUCAAUUUAUCUCAAAUGCAUCUCAUCCCAAGACUUGGCCUCAAGAAUACGCUGGAAAAAAGGAACCGAAGUGAUCAAGGAAGCUCGGAAAGCAUCCUUUUUAGAUCUAAGGCUAGAGAAACUAACAGUUGAAGCCGCGGGGGCGUAUCGGUGUGAUGUGGUGAGCGGGCGUCCUCGCGAGAGAUGCAGCGUACAUUUGCAAGUCAACGGUCCACCCAUUAUCACUUCACGAUCAAAUGUACACGAAGCAAAGGUUGGUAGCGACGUUGCAGUUGCCUGUGUUGCCACAGGGAGCCCAAAGCCUACGGUCGAGUGGUCAUCACAACCUCUCCCUCAAUGCCGUUCCUUAAGUCGUGCAAAGAUUGUAAAUCAAGGCAGUACUGCUAUUUUGACGAUCGAGUCAGUAACUAAGGAAGACGAGGGUAUCUACUGCUGUGUGGCGCGGAAUUCAAAUGGUCAAAGCAAGCCGCAUAUUGUCAUUCUUUCGGUUUCUUAUCACAAAAGAAUUCUACCUCCGCAUGUUUCUCCUUUCUCGCAAGUCGUCGUAAGUACAACUGACAGCACGACUACGCUGAUAUGCGCAGUAGAGAACGCACCGCAGAAAUACACAACGGUGUUCUGGACGCUCAACAGCAAACAGCUGACCGAUGGGGGGCGGUAUAAGAUGGCGACCACUUUCAGUACCGAGGUGGAAUAUAAACGGCUUCUCUUAGAGAGAGCAACUAUGACAUUGAUUAUCAAGCAUGUGACUACUCAAGACAGUGGCGAGUAUCAAUGUGGCGUUGUCACGCAUAUAGGGAGCGGUCACGCGGAAAUUCAGCUUGUCACGAAAGAUGCAUAAGGACGUUCGUUGGAGCAUGAUGGCGUACACUCACACAUACAUGAUGACACAAACUCGUUAUGCACAUGAUAAUAAAGCUUUGGUAUCUGU